AAAAAAACCAUCAAUCACAACACUUCUGUCCAUCUGGACAGGAGAUUCAAACUUCUCAACCUUCUUUUCAUUGGCUACCAAACCCUCUCAUAGAACUUCUUUCAUCGAAUCAUCAAUACAGAGAGCCAGGCUUUAUGGGUUUCACAGCCUGGAACUUUGUUGCGUCAAACCGGACACAAACACCACCAAGAUGGAAAAUAUGGGAAUUCUCUUCGACGAUUGGAGAACCGCGGUAGACAGGGAAUCGAAGAAUUCUACCCCCCGAUCACUGCUCCUUUUAACGCUGACCAGUCAUUAUUUGCCUUCCAAAAACAGCACAAGUUAUCCGAUGGAGUCGAUUCGUAGGAACUUCGAUUGGGUACACAUCGUAGCCUAUUACUAUCACUUACCCACGAUGGAAAACUUCACAGGCGCUUAUUCUGCUUUGUAUGACCCCUCAAGCAAUGUAAGUACGGAUUAUGGAAUUAAGGAAUGGAUUAGCAGAGGAUUACCUGCUGAAAAGAUGGUUUGGGGGUUAUCAUACCAUGGGUACGCGUGGACGCUGGCAGACCCGACGGCCAAUGAGAUCGGAUCGCCUGCAACAGGUCCCGCCGUUACGCCAGAUGGGUUGAUUUUCUAGAAGUUCAUCAAGUCAUAUAU